AUGCGUUAUUCCACCUUAUUGACUGUCUUCUCAUUACUUCCCUUGCUCAUAACCAUAUCUGCUCGUCCCCAAUCGAAUACUUAUCGGAGAAGACAUAAUCAUAAUCAACACCGUGCUCGGAGAAGUAGAUAUGGAUCUUCUCCUUUGUCUUCUUAUUCUGCUUCAACAAAAUCGAUAAAGCAGGAUGAAUCAACCAUUUCUCAAACAGCUUCAAUUCUACCUUCAUCAGCCUCCGCCUCAACCUCAAGGGCAUCUUCAGUCUCAGUAACAAACUCAAAUACAGUCAAUGCUUCUAAAUCAAAUUCGUCAAACCAAGUAAAGAAUGAUAAUGAAACUGAAUCUAUGAGUAUCGGGUUAUGGACACCACCAUCUUCAACAGAAAGUGAUUCCCAAGCUGGUACAGAUACAGAUGCUCAAGCAGGUGUGCAAUCUGCUGCAGGAUCUGGAUGGGGAGGGGGUGGAGGGAAGAAAGGCGGUUGGGGAGGAUGGGGUGGUGGUGGCGGUGGCUCUCCUUUGUCUUCCCUUCCUGGCUCGACUGCCGAUGCCGCCAUCCCCACUGUUCCUAUUUCUAUUCCUGCUUCUCCUCUCGCUUCUUCGGCGAAUCCAUCCGCAUAUGCUCCCACUAGCCCCACUGCUGUACCUGCUCCCUCGUCUCAAUCAUCGAUAGAUGAGAUUCCAGAUGCGAGUCUAGUCAAAGGAGGAGGUGGAUAUUCACCUUCUCAAUCAAGUCAAUAUCAAGGUCCAACAGCAUCAAAUGUGGAAUCAGCUGGAAGACCAACGAUCUAUUCGACAAAUUACGUAGAAGUGACUACAUGGUAUACGCCUCCGGUUCAACAACCUUCUCAAGUCUCGUCUUAUCAAACAGGAAUAUCAGGUGGAAAGACAGAUCAAGGUGGUAUACCAACUUCUCAAUCGGUACCAGGAUUACCCAUUCAGGCGACAGCUACAGCUACCUACCCAUCUGUUCAAGCUACGACCCCGGUUACUACAUCAAUGCAGCAACUGCCCACUCCAGUAUAUUCAGCAAAUCCGACCGUGAAUGCCACAACGCCAUUCUCGUACUCUACUGAAGGAGGAUAUGCUUCAUCUUCAAUCAAAACUUCCAAUGGACAAACUUAUGGUGCAUCAGAAUGGCAUUCAUCAUGGACUGAUACAUGGUCAAAUCCACCUAGUACAACUUCCGAAGCUCCAGUUCCUACUACCGCUCCACAAAGUGAUGAUUCGAAGAAAUUCGUUGAUUGUCAUAACCAGUGGAGACAACAAUAUGGCGCAGGAAACGUAUCCUGGGGCGAGGAUCUAGCUUCUUAUGCAGGUCAACAUGCUAGUGUCUGCGCUUCAAUGACGCAUACAAAUGGACCAUACGGCGAAAACCUAGCAGUAGGAACAGAUGGUUUCAUAGAUAUUCUGAGUGGUAUUGGAAUGUGGAUGGAUGAAGCUUCGCAAUAUGAUCCUAGUAGUCCAACAUAUAGUCAUUUCACUCAGGUCGUAUGGAAAGAGACUAACACGAUAGGGUGUGCCGCUAUCAACUGUGGAGCCAAUACAGGUUUAGCUGGCCAAUUAUACAUCAUGUGCGAAUACCAUCCCAGAGGGAACGUGAUAGGUGCCUUCGCACAAAAUGUUGGCGGCAAGAGGUAA